UAAACGGCUGGAGGGACGGAUCAGGAAGAGAGAGGAGAGGAAAACAGGAUUACACAGAAACAGAAGGAGAAAAGGAAGAAGAAAAAGUACCAGAAGAAGAACGACAAGAAGUAAACAACGGUAAACAACAGUAAACAACAGUAAAUAACAGUAAACAAGAAGAAGAAAACAAUCAGCUGAGAGAGCUUAGUUUCCUUCAGAGCGAGGUGUGUUCAGACCCCGCCCUCAGGAGACAGGAGGAUGGAUGGAAGCAGCUUGACAGGAAAUCCCAGUGCUGCCACGUCUCGCCGGCUUCCUGUCCAUGCCGACACGCUUCAACCAGCUGAUUGGAUCUCGGCUUCAGAGGAGGAAGACGCCCAGCGGAAACAUCAGAGUCCUGCAGAGACCAAACGGACCGCAGAGAGACAUCAGAGUCCUGCAGAGAGACAUCAGAGUCCUGCAGAGAGACAUCAGAGUCCUGCAGAGAGACAUCAGAGUCCUGCAGAGACCAAACGGACCGCAGAAAAACAUCAGAGUCCUGUAGAGAGACAUCAGAGUCCUUCAGAGACCAAACGGACCGUAGAGCCCAAACGGACCGUAGAGACACCAGACCAUCAGGAUCCUUCGACACAAAAACAGAAACUAGAAGAUUCUCCAACCGAACCGGAUCCACUGAACCUAAAUGUUCUUCCUACAGAGCAACAAAGACCAGAACCAGAUCAGUCUUCUCCACUAAAACCAGAUCCUCUCAGUCCAGAUCAGACUCCUCCACUAAAACCAGAUCCUCUCAGUCCAGAUCAGAAGAAACCAGACGGCUCUCUGGACUCUCCCGGGAAGUUCACACGGAGAAACACCGACCAGAAAACUGAAGAGGACCCCCCUCCUCUUCCUCCCUUCAACCCUCCACCCCUUAAUAAUCAAACCCACAAACAUCAAACUACCCACCCUUCAGCCCUCGAUAAUCAAACCCAGAAACAUCAAACUACCAACCCUCCAUCCCUCGAUAUCAAGCUCAAUAUCUCUGAGUCUAAAGACCAGCAGAACCAGCAGGAUCCUCCUCCCGAAAAACUCACUUCCUCCGCAGCUGAGAGGCGUCAGGACUCUCUCCUAAACACCGAGGCAGCUGCUCAGUCGUCUCAGAGCGAAGCAUCGACCCAGGCCCCGCCAGUCCAGGCUCUGCAGGUCCAGGCUCCGCCAGUCCAGGCCCCGCCAGUCCAGGCUCUGCAGGUCCAGGACCCACCAGUCCAGGCCCUGCCAGUCCAGGCUCUGCAGGUCCAGGCUCCACAGGUCCAGGCCCCGCCAGUCCAGGCUCUGCAGGUCCAGGACCCACCAGUCCAGGCCCCGCCAGUCCAGGCCCUGCAGGUCCAGGCUCCGCCUCCCACCCAGGCUCCACCUCCCACCCUGGCUCCGCCUCCGCCUCCCACCCUCGAGGUGUUCUGUGACCAUACGCAGCCGGGCCCUCUGCCCUCUACCAGAGGGGAACCCAAACUGUGCGGUUUCCUGCAGAAGCAGGGCGGGCCCCUGAGGGCCUGGAAGCAGCGCUGGUUCACCUACGAGGAGAAGAAGAACCAGCUGUUCUACUACCGCACGCCACAGGAUGUGACGCCCCUCGGCCACGUGCAGCUCUGCAACGCCACCUUCACCUACCCGCUGCAGGCCGAGACGGGCACCUUCCACAUCAAGACCCCUGAACGCACCUUCAUACUCAAGGCGGUGACCCAGGAGCUGAUGCUGUACUGGCUGCAGCAGCUGCAGGUUAAACGCUGGCAGCACCAACAGACGUUGGACCCAGCACACAACAACAACAACAACAACAACUCCGCAGACGACUUCCUGUUUCCUGUCUGUGCGGAGGACUUCCUGCCAGUGUUGGAGAGUCCGCUGGGUCUGGUGGGGGAGGAGGCAGCCAACGUCCCGUCUCAACGCAUGCCGCUCGCCGACGUGUCGCUCAAACAUCCGCUCAUCCACAUCCAGAACUCGGUCCACAGUUUCCGUCGGCGCUCGACCCAGGAGUGCAGUCAGAGUGUGUUUCAUGUCGACGCUCCGCCGUGGAUUACCCCGAAAUCUUCCUCCAGCAUCACCUCAGUCCCUCCGUCUCUCAGGAGUCCCAGCGAGCCUACGGUCCCGCCCCCUAACCUCUCAUUGGCUGAGCCAGUAGGCCUGGCGUCCCCGGGGGAUGGCAGGAAGUCCCCCUCGCUGUUGGACAGCCUGAGCAGGAAGACGAAGACUCUCUCGUCCACCAUGACGGUGUCAGACCGGACGUCCCGUCUGCAGACGGAGAAACAGAUACUGAUGGAGGAAGUCAAAGCUCAGAAGGAGCUGGUGUGGAUCCUCCACAAGGCCUUGGAGGCGUCUCAGCUGGAGAAGCGAACGUGUGCAGAGUUUCUGGCGGCGGACGGCGAGCAGGAGCGCCUGGAGCUGCUGCGACACUGCGAGCGGCAGGCGGCCGACCUGCGUGGUCGGCUGGAGGCUGCGAGGACGGAGGCGGACGCCGCCAGGAAGAGUCUGGCUCAGAGAGACGCUCAGCUGGCCGAGCUGCAAGACAACAUCCGCAGUCUGACGGAGAAAAACAACGCCAAGCAGCAGGUGAUCAUAAAGCUGGCGGAUCAGGUGACCUCCUGUAUGUCCUCCGGCGGCGGUCUGGACUCUCAGACCUUCAGACAGCUUCAGCAGGAGAUCGAGAACCUGAAGGAUGAUAUCGAGGCGUAUAAAACUCAGAACCAGUUCCUGAACUCUGAGAUCUUCCAGCUGACCCGACUCUGGAGGACCAGUUCAGAGCAGCAGAAGAGUCUGAUGGUGAAGUGUUCCUACCUGGAGGCCAGUAACUGUCAGGUGGAGAGCCGUUACCUGGGUGUCCUGCGGCAGCUGCAGGAGCUCAAACCUCUGGAUCCAGUCCAGCGGGGGGCCGUCCAGAAGCUGAUCGAGGACGCUCUGAAAGGAGAGCUGAAGAGCGUUGUCACGCUCAACAUGGCAAGAGAUCACGACGAGUACGGCUUUAAGAUCAUCCCUGACUACGAGGUGGAGGACAUGAAGCUGCUGGCAAAGAUCCAGGCGCUGGAGAUCCGCUCGCACAACCUGCUGCACCAGGAGGGCGGUGAGCGCCACCUGGCGGGCCGCUGGGCCCAGUUCCUGGCCGGCCGGUCGGAGAACGACCUCUGUCCGUCCCCGGAGCUGAAGACUCUGCUGCGGGGGGGCGUCCCGCCAGAGUACCGGCAGAGGGUCUGGCGCUGGCUGAUCCGGGCCAGAACCAGGACCGUCAGAGACCGCCACCAGCGCUACCAGCAGCUGUGUGAGAAGAGUCGGACGUCUCCCCACCCGGCCUCCAGACAGAUCCAGCUGGACCUGCACCGCACCCUGACGACCAAUCAGCACUUCUCCUCUCCCUCUAGCCCCGCCCUCCAGCAGCUCCGCCGCAUCCUGUUGGCUUUCUCCUGGCAGAACCCUGCCAUUGGUUACUGCCAGGGACUCAACAGGCUGGCGGCCAUUGCUCUGCUGGUCCUUCACAGUGAAGAAGACGCCUUCUGGUGUCUGGUGGCCGUGGUGGACGCCAUCAUGCCACAGGACUACUACAGCAAGAACCUGCUGGCCUCUCAGGCCGACCAGCGGGUGCUGAAGGAGUUCCUGGCAGAGAAACUUCCCCGCCUGUCGGCUCACUUUGAGGAGCACAACAUCGACGUUUCUCUCAUCACCUUCAACUGGUUCCUGGUGGUGUUUGUGGAGAGUCUGCCCAGUGACAUCCUGCUACCGCUCUGGGACGCCUUUCUGUACGAGGGGACCAAGGUUGUGUUCAGGUACACUCUGGCUCUGUUUAAAUACAAAGAGGACGAGAUCCUGAAGCUCCGCGACAGCGUGGAGAUCUACCAGUACCUGCGCUUCUUCACCAAGACCAUCUCCGACGGCCGGCGUCUGAGCAGCAUUGCGUUCAGCGACAUGAACCCGUUCCCCGGCCGGCUGCUGAGGAACCGGCGAGCGGUGCAGCUGGAGCGAGUGCUCGGAGAGCUGAGGGAGCUGGAGGAGCAGCAGAGACAGUUCGCCUCCGAGAACGCCGCCGAGAACGCACGCCGCAAAGACAAAGACCUGGACGCUGCCGUCAGCGAGGACGACGACGAACUCUGAGACACUGACAGUGUGUGUGUGUGUGUGUGUGUGUGUGUCUCUGUGUGUGUGUGUGUGUGUGUGUGUGUGUCUGUGUGUGUGUGUCUGUGUGUGUGUGUGUGUCUGUGUGUGUGUGUGUGUGUGUGUGUGUGUGUGUGUGUGUGUGUGUGUGUCUCUGUGUGUGUGUGUGUGUGUGUGUGUGUGUGUGUGUGUGUGUCUGUGUGUGUGUGUGUGUGUGUGUGUGUGUGUCUGUGUGUGUGUGUGUGUG